CACAUCAUUAAACUCUUGAUGAUCUGAUAAUCCCGCUAAUAAAUUGAUAUAUUCAGGGCCGCGUGGUGCCGCUGGAGUCGCGCGCCGCACUUCGCCGCUCUGUGCGCGUGAUUCCUGCGGAGCGCUCGAGCACUUUUUCCUCCCCACAUCCACCUCCACGUGUUGCAUUGUGGGUGUUUUUGCAGUCUCUAUCCGCUGUGCAUCGGGGAAGUUUUUUCGGGCGUCUGUGGGAUUCCGGGGGCGGGGAGCAAGUGAACCUGGACCGAACCGGGCUGCGGUGUCGAGACAAAAAAGGCGAAGAAGGAACGAAUAUUUGGCACGAUAUCAGCCGGAUCCUCUGGAGAAGUGCGGAAGGUAAGGGGGUGCCAUGCCGGCUGCCGCUCCCCUGCUGCUCCUCCAUGCCAUCUGCUGGUGGCCCUUAGUGCUGUUCCUGCUCUUGCCCCCACUGCCCCUCUUUGCCCUCACCAACCACCCGACCUUCAUCUCCCCCCAUGACACAAGCCUUAACCACCUUUUACUGGACUCCAGCUCAGGCUGCUUCUACAUAGGUGCGGUUAACACGCUCUACCACCUAUCACCUGACCUCCAGCUCAUAUCAUGGGGCAAAACAGGACCCACGCUGGACAGCCCCGAAUGUUUGCCCCCGAUUGAGCCUAAAGACUGCAGCCAGGCACGUCAGACUAACAACACUAACCAGCUGCUGCUGCUGGAGAAAAAGGAAGGGUCACAGGCACAGAGCUUGAUUGUGUGUGGCACCGUGCUGCAAGGCAUUUGUGAGAAGCGCAGCCUGGCCAACGUCUCCCAGGUGCUGUACCAAACAACCAACCCCGUGGACACACAGUACGUAGCUGCCAAUGACCCUCAGGUCUCCACUGUGGCUGUGCUCACUCAGCACAAGGGCAUGCGCCUCAUGCUCGUGGGACGAGGUUACACCAGCAAAGGAUCCGGCGGAAUUCCACCAAUCACGUUGCGCCGCCUCGAGCAGUCUCAUUCGUCUCCCGCGUUCUCACACGAGGAACUGGGCAAACUUGUAGUGGGCAGCUACUCUAAAUACAACAACCAGUUUGUGAAGGCGCUGCACCAUGGCACACACAUUUAUUUCCUGUUCUCGCGCCGCUAUUCAUUGAAAGCGCGCGAUUAUCAGACAUACAUAUCACGCCUCUGUGAAGGAGACCCCAGCUUUUACUCGUAUGUGGAGGUACCACUGAGCUGCACCGGAGGCUACAACCUGGCACAGGCGGCCGCCAUGGGAAAUUACCUUGGAAAAGACACCAUCUUUGUCGCCAUGGCGGCAGGGCAGGCAUCGACCCCCAUGCCCACGAGCCGCUCGGCUCUGUGUAUGUACGGCAUGGAGGAGCUGGAUCAGGCGCUGAAUCACACACAGAGACUGUGCUACACACAGGAAGGAAACGGAGACAAAGAACAGGAGGCCUACAUCGCGUACGAAGUCUCCUCCAAGUGCCUCAAGAUUCCCGAGACAUCUGUGUCCGAGUACCCGUGCGGAGGUGAACACACCCCUAGCCCCAUCGCCAGUUCAGUGCCCCUCCAGGCCACGCCCGCUAUCACCUGGGAAACGCAGCUCACCGCCGUCGCUGUAGCAACUGAGGCUGGCCACACCAUUGCACUCCUCGGAGACAAGAGUGGACAACUUUACAAGGUAUUUGUUCAUGUGAAUGGUUCAGGUUCUCAGUAUGAGAAGGUGGAGGUGGACCCAAAGAGCCCUGUUAACGCUGACCUCCUGCUGGACACCACCUUACGCAAUGUUUACGUCAUGACCGAGAGGAAGGUAACACGUUUGCCGGUGUCUCAGUGUGAAAGGCAUUUAGACUGUCAUUCAUGCCUCUCCGUCCGAGACCCCUACUGCGGAUGGUGCUCACUAGAGGGCAGGUGUACGCGGAAGCUGGAGUGCGCCCGCCAUUCACAGCCUCACCACUGGCUGUGGAGUUACGGUCAUGAUCGGCAGUGCGUGUCCAUCCAGAGUCUGGAUCCAGCCAUUCAGAGCCGGGAGGAGCAGACACAGGUUUCUUUCACGGUGCUGCCAUUGCCAGCGCUGUCUAAGAAUGAGUCUCUGUCUUGUGCUUUUGGAAUCUUGCCUGCCGAACCCGCCAUAGUGGACGGGAACAGAAUCACCUGUCAAUCACCGUCACCUAGGCUCCUCCCCCCGAGUCCACCGGGCAGUGAUCACAUGACUAUCAGGCUAGCGCUGAUGUUUGAAAAAGUGACCGUCGCUGACACCAACAUCACAUUCUACGACUGCAGGGCUGUGGGCAGGCUCAACACUACCUCGCCGUGCAUGGCGUGUGUGAGCAGCGAGUGGCCGUGCCGCUGGUGCGCUCGGGAUGAACUCUGCACUCACAACCGCAGCUGCCCGCAGCAACACAUCAUCUAUAACAGCAGAGAGAAGUCCGAACCCAGUGGUGCCGAUGCAUGCCCAUGCGUGUGGGCUUUGGAAAGUUCCACUUUGAUUCCCGUUGGUGUUGACACGCAGCUGUUACUGAAGGGCAAAAAUCUGGACAUUUUUAAGGGCAACGAGGAUUACGAGUGUGUGGUGGUAAUUGAGGGCCAGGAGACACUAUUACACGCCACCCUGGACAGGAGCAAUGUGACGGGCACACAUGUGUUCAAGUGCGCCACUCAUAAGUUUCAGUACACAGUAAAACAGAUGGAGUACUUGGCUCCGGUGUACCUACAGAGAGGCACUCGGCGUAUAGACUCGGCUCCACACCUCCGCUUGCAGCUGUAUAACUGCUCAGUGGGUCAGUCAGACUGCAGUCAGUGCCGUGCCUUACCGGAGAAGUACGGCUGUGUGUGGUGUGGAGGAGAAAGUCCACGGUGUGUGUUUCACAAGUCCUGCACAAGCAUUACUAAAGAAGCCUGUCCUCCACCGCUCAUUACUGAGGUGUGGCCACUGACCGGACCGUUAGAGGGAGGGAUUGACCUCACUAUCUUAGGCUCCAACUUGGGUCAGAGUUACGGGGACAUUGAGAAUGGAGUCACGGUGGCUGGAGUCACCUGCAAGCCGCUGGAAAACGCUUACCUUAUAUCAACCAGGAUCAUGUGUGAGCUUCAGCCCUCCUCGAACGUGACCGCAGGACCUGUGGUGGUCACCGUGGGGAGCUCGAUGCCAGGACAGUCCCAGCAGACGUUCACCUACCAGAACCCCGAGCUGAUCCGCAUCGUGCCCAGUAAAGGCCCCAUGGCGGGAGGCACCAGACUGACCGUGCAUGGUGCUAAACUCCUCACAGGGCAAAGCACUGACCUGCGGGCAUUCGUGGGCUCGCAGCUUUGUCACAUUAUGGAUGAAUAUUUGAGUGACACACAGUUGGUCUGCCGCACCAGCCACUCAAACCAAACUGCAGAAGUACCUGUCAGAGUGCAGUUUGGAAGAGCAGAGAGGACUGUGGGUAAUAUCCGCUUUCGCUAUCUCGAGGAUCCAGUGAUCACUGACGCGACUCCUACCGAGAGCUUCUACGGCGGUGGACGUAUUAUAAUGGUAACCGGCCAGAACCUGGAUGUGGUCCAGCAGCCAAUGAUGUCCAUCCUGUACGAGACCAAAGUCAGGAGACGGCGAUACAGUCACGCCUCGGGCCAGAACAGCACCAUGGCCACGACAAAGACCCCCUGUGUAAACGUUACCUCAGAGCAGAUGAGCUGUCUGAGUCCCAGAGUGCUUAAAGACUCCCGCAUCGUGAGAGUCUGGUUCGAGAUGGACAAUGUGCACUUGGAUUUCAAGAGUAUCAAAGGCACAGGAUUCACGUAUCACCCAGACCCGGAGUUAUACAGCCUGAACCGCGAGGACCCGAAGUUACCUAUCCGCUUCAAACCCGGAGGAGUGCUGGCUGUGGAGGGGAAAGAUCUAACUCUGGCCAUGAGUAAAGAGGAGGUGGUGGCUUGGCUCGGAGAUAAGAUUUGCGACGUGAAGACGCUGGACGAUACUCAUCUCUAUUGCGAACCGCCAGAGGAGCAGCCACUCGGUUCAGACAACGGAGACCUGCCCAGGCUGAAGGUGGUAAUGGGCCAGUUGGUGUUCGAUCUGGGCACAGUGGAGUAUGACAUGGGCACUCACACACCCGUUCCUCUGGAGGCGCAGGUCGGGCUGGCAGCCGGAGCAGCCGUGGUCGUGCUCAUUGUUCUUGUCAUCAUCCUUAUGUACAGGAGGAAGAGUAAGCAAGCAAUGAGAGACUACAAGAAGGUUCUGGUCCAACUGGAAACUCUAGAGAUCAAUGUUGGAGACCAGUGCAGGAAGGAGUUCACAGAUCUGAUGACCGAGAUGAUGGAUUUAAGCAGCGACGUCGGUGGUCCUGGCAUACCGUUCCUGGAUUACCGUACAUAUGCAGAACGUAUUUUCUUCCCCGGUCAGAGAGGGGCGCCACUGAGCCAGAACCUGGACCUGCCAGAAUCUCGCCGACAGACAGUGGAGCAAGGCCUGGGCCAACUCAAUAACCUGCUGAGCAACAGACUCUUCCUCACACGAUUCAUCCACACCCUGGAGGAGCAGCAGAACUUCUCCCAGCGGGACCGCGGCUAUGUGGCGUCACUUCUCACUAUGGCGCUCCACGAUAAGCUGGAGUACUUCACCGAUGUCAUGAAGACCCUGUUGGGAGAUCUGGUGCAGCAGUAUGUCGCCAAAAAUCCCAAACUGAUGCUACGCAGGACUGAGACAGUGGUGGAGAAAAUGCUCACCAACUGGAUGUCCAUUUGUCUCUAUUCAUUCCUAAAGGAGGUGGCAGGUGAGCCGCUGUACAUGCUGUAUAGAGCUAUAAAGUAUCAGGUGGACAAAGGCCCAGUGGACACAGUGACCGGUAAAGCCAAGCGCACCCUUAAUGACAGCCAUCUACUCCGAGAGGACAUAGACUACUGCUCUAUGACUCUGACCGUGCUGGUGAAGAACGGAGUAGAAGUCCAACCCUGUCCUGUUAAGGUUUUGGAUGUGGACACCAUCACCCAGGUGAAAGACAAGAUCCUGGACCAGAUCUACAAAGGAGCUCCGUUUUCUCAGAGGCCCUCGGCCGAUUCACUGGACCUCGAGUGGCGUUCAGGGCAAGCAGGUCACCUGACCCUGUCUGAUGAUGAUGUCACAGGCAUAGUGCAAGGUCACUGGAAGAAGCUGAACACUUUGCAGCACUACAAGGUGCCAGACGGCGCCACGGUGGCUCUCAUCCCUCGUUCAAGUGCCGGUGUCACAGGCAUUAAUCAGAUCUUCCAAACUGGAGAAAAGACACCCAUGUUAGAGGGGGAAGAAGACGAGGGUCUCCGUCUGUGGCACCUCGUGAAGCCGAGCGAGGAUCCCGAAAUCCCCAAACACAGAAAAAGCAGCAUGAGAGAGCGAGAGCGUGCCAAAGCCAUCCCGGAGAUCUAUCUCACACGGCUGCUCUCGAUGAAGGGAACUCUGCAGAAGUUUGUGGAUGACGUGUUCGUAGCCAUCCUGAACACCAAGCGGCCACCGCCGAUUGCCGUCCGGUUUUUCUUCGAUUUCCUGGACGACAUGGCGGAGAAGCACGGCAUCGACGACCCAGAGACCGUGCACAUAUGGAAAACGAACAGCUUACCUCUGCGUUUCUGGGUGAACAUCCUGAAGAACCCUCAGUUUGUGUUCGACGUGCAAGUGACAGACAGCAUAGACGCCGUCCUGUCCGUCAUCGCUCAGACCUUCAUCGAUUCCUGCACCACCUCCGAGCACAAAGUGGGACGGGAUUCCCCUGUGAACAAGCUGCUGUAUGCCAGAGAAAUUCCCCGAUACAAACAGCUAGUGGAGAGGUACUACAGUGAUAUUCACAGUGCUGCAUCAGGAUGCUAUCAGGAGAUGAACUCCAUGCUCACUGAGUUAUCUGGGAGCUUCGCUUCAGAGAUGAACAGCUUGGUGGCUCUGCACGAGGUCUAUAAAUACAUCAACAAAUAUUAUGAUCAGAUCAUCAUGGCUCUAGAGGAAGAUCACGCAAGCCAGAAAAUACAGUUAGCCUACCGGCUCCAGCAGAUCGCCGCCCUGGUGGAGAACAAAGUCACUGACCUAUGAACUUUGCACCUUUGUCCCCCGGAUCCAGCGGUGGAGAGUCUCUGACCAGUUCGGCAGCUCGGCUGACGGAAGCCAGCUUGCGUGAAAUCCGAUCGCGCCGAGACAUCCGAUUACCCCUCCCCACACCCACACCCACACACCCACCCCUUCGCCUGCGCCCACACUUACUGCUUCAGCCUUCAGGGAGUUCUUAAGCGAAGGGAGAAGAAUGAGUAAGGCUGAGGCAUCAGUUACUACGCAGGUUUUUUAUCACAGAGAGUGUGAGAUAUAUAAAAAAAAAAAAGCACAUAUAUCCAUUUUUGUCUGCUAAGCACAUCGAACUUUUUCUAUUAACGUCACACGCUGUUCUGUCCUCGUCUGACACGUCCGAUGAGUGAAUACGCGUGUGUGUGUGGGAUCGUUCUUUUUUACUCCGAGUCAGAACUCUGUGUAGCUUUACGUAACGUAGCAUUCGCGUGGUUAGUUUUUUACGUUUCGCAAUCUGUUUUAUUUUUUAGAUUAGCAGUUACUAAUGACAGACUCCUUCGUAUCAAAUUAUAAAUCACAAGCACAAGUGCCAUAACAAGUGCAGAAACAGCACGUUUUAUUACAGCACAAGGUGUGUGUGUGUGUGUGUCUGUCUGAGCAGAUGUGUGUGUGGGUGUGCCAUGUUUUGUUUUCCUUUCUUUAUUUUUAGGGUGAUUGCAUUUCAAACGUUUAGCUUCGUUUAGAUGAUUUGUCAGACUGGAGUAAUUGCUUCUUUUUUCGUUAAUGUACGAGAUGCCCUUAAUAGCAAAGCGGCGGAGAAAUAUCCGCGUGAACGAAAAACAAAGACGCUAUAGCAGGGCUGAGCAGAUUAAUCGUCGUUUUUUUUUUUUUUUUAAUCGUGAUCGUGAGUUCUAUGUAUAAUGCAGAACACGAUAUACAAUAUGUCUAAACGGCUAAACGGAGAGAAAUAACGUAGUACCAAAUAAUUACAAUAAACAAUCGGGAUUUCAGUGUCGGAAAGGAUCAGAUUAGCUGAUUUCCUUCACCUCCGUGAUGAAGGUGGGUCAGAGAUGGGAUCGAGAGUGAUGACGUCCACUGAUAAAGAUCACUGACCGGAGCCUCAGACACGGGGCUUCAUUUUAUUUAACGGAACAAAUAAAGCGGAUUAGGGAGGUCGUGUAGGCGUGGCGAUACGGACGAGAGGGCGGAGCCACUGGGCGGACGACGUGCGGACACGGAAUAGAAGAAACUAACUUAUUUUUACUGUAAAUAGCACUUAUUUAUACAAGAUUACCAAACGUGCCUUGUUCGUAACCUUUAAUAACGAUUACCGAUUCCAGUAUACAAGCUCAACGUUAUUUGCCAAAUAGAGAGGAGGAAAGAGCCACAGGAUUUAAAAAGGACAAAAGCUGGCCUGGACAGAUUCUGCUAUUCAUAUUCACACCACUUGUCUUUUUUUUUUAGUUGUCGUUGUGGAGAAAUGUGUUCGUUGUUGGAAGUUUCUGUCUCAGGAUCACAGCUCUCGGUAAUUUCAGUAUUGCUCGAUGCUUUACGGCGUACUUCAGCGUACACUGUCCCGAAGUGUUCAGUCUUCAGGCUCAUGUUUUCCGUCGGUGUGUUCCCUGUGACGCUCGUGUAAAUAGAAAUGAUAUUGGAUUGUAAUCAUGUGUGAAUUUCUCUUUUUUGUUUGUUUGUUUGUUUGUUUUUGUCCCUACUCUGUUUUCUGUCGCUUUGCUAGCGUCUUUCCUGAUUGCUUGAACAGGGUGUGUGUGUGUGUGUGUGUGUGUGUGUGUGCCCUCAUGCCACUAUUGUGUACAGUGAAGAAAAUUCCUGGGCAACAAAAAACACACACCUACAUGUGUAUAUAUAUAUAUGUAUAUAUAUAUAAAUAUAUUAAGGGAGAGAAAGGAAAAAAAAAAGACAAAGCCGUUCCCUCUUCUCUGCAUCAUUUCUUUAAAGACGCAUCCUCUCAUAUUCAUUAUCCUUUUAUCGCUUUCCCUUGUUCACUUCUUUUUAAGGAAGAAAAAUGGAAAUCCACGUUGAUAUUUUAUCCUGAACAAAGAUUUUACUCAUGACUUUUAGGCUGUAAAGCAAGACACGUGCAUCGACUUUCACGCCCGGAUUUUUACGGCUUAUUUCCUCUCCGAUUUUGAUCACAGCCGCUAGCCAACGCUCCCCUGUUACGCAAACAGCCACCAACCCGAGGAUGGUGAAGAGUAACACACGCUUCCUCCGAGACACGCGAAGCCGGCGAAUCUCUGCAUCGUAUUUUCCGAAACUGCUGCCCACAACAUCACACACUCGGAGGAUCGUCCUCUUCCGCACCAUGAGCUCACAGACUCAUGUCACUGUGCCUAACAGGGGAGAGAGACUAUUUUUUAAGCCUUAUAUCGUUACACUGUACGACUUCACCUGUGUAUCCUUCUCAUCACUUCUUGAAAACUGAAAGAUGAUGGACCCGGUGGAACAAGGGAGCUAUCGAUAAAGAGACCUGUAUAUAGAGGCGGAGCUAUCUUCCAGCUGGGGGCGCAGCUACAUUUCAGACCGGAAAGCUACGACGAAGAACUAGCCACACCCACUGCAUGGCAAAAUUACGAACCACAAUUUUUUUUACAAGGUAUUUUAUUUACAAACCGCACAAGGUCGAAGAUUGUGGGACAAAUCGUAUGUAUUUCGCUUAUAUGAUUUAGAAAUAUCAGGGUUUGGUGAAAUUAAUGCUAGAGUACAUGCAGAAGGAUGACAUCAUACUCGUUUGUUUAUACAGUACAUGUGUGUUAGCCUGAAAUAUGAAUGUUUGGCUUCUCAGUGUAGUCUUAAUUAUUAGAGACUUGUGCUUGCAUGAGGUUUUAUUGCUCUUUUUUUUUGUUUCGGUUUGGUUUUUCCCUCCACUGAGCGCAUGAUUGCUUGUGUCUGUGGUUCACAACCGGCCCGAACGGACAACGCGUGUAUGUAUAAGCAAAGCCCCUGUGUACGGCGAACAGUUCUGUGGACCUCCAGUUAAACACACUUAUCCCCAAGAGAAGAAGAAGAAAAAAAUAGAGAGACUGCUGAACUCUUUUCUCACUGUACAGUCUGUGACACUGUCUUGCCAAAUGUGCAGUACUUUUACUGUAUUUUACUCAUCGUGUGACACCAGACAGACAGACAGACAGACAGUCGACCGAUUGUUUGUGGACUCAGUGGUGUUUGUGGAGCGAAUCGCCAUAUUUUACACAAUUUCUUUUUUAUAUACAAAGGGGGGGGAAAAAAUGACAAAAGAAUAUGAGGUAAUUUUCUAAAGGAAUCAGGGUUAAAAGAAAGCUUCAGCCUGUUGUAAACUCUCUCUUUUCUAUCUGUAUUGAACAUAGUUUGCUAACAGUUGUGUAUAUGUGCCUGUAAAUAUCAUGAAGAAGAAGAAAAAAAACAGACUCGGACACAUUUCUCCGACGGAAAGAGAAAUCAAGAGCCAAAAUAAUCAAUAAAAUGGAUGAGUGAAAUCACAAUUUGUAUGAGGAAAAAAAAUAAAAGUUAUAAUUUUAACAGAGGAACUGGCGCUGAUGUUU